AUGAAGCUCUUUUUAAUUAUCCUCAUGUGCAUGUCCCUUCUCGCUUCGGGCAAAGUAGUGGGCUAUGAACGACCAUCUAUCUACCCCAAAUCUGGGAUGUACAGCCUCUGGGUCAACAGCACUGCUAUGCAAAUUGUCGCUUAUUCUGGCUACGACUAUGUUCAACUGUCCAUGUCCGAAGGUUAUCCUACCGAAUUCCGACUCCGAGUAAUCCCCGGCGGAAAUGUCGAUUCAUAUAACAUUUCUCCCGAGAAAUGGCAAAUCAAACCCAAAAAAGACGGCAAAGACCUCGUCUUCUCAGUAGUGGAUGCCCACUAUCUUAUAAUCACGAUCAACGGUAUCAAGGAGAUAGUAAUCUGUGCUGAUCCGUUGGAAACAGACGUGCCGCCCUCUUCUGGACCAGGAAUCUUCAAUGUCCUCAACUAUGGGGCCGACAAUACCGGCGUAACACUCAACAUCGGCAUUCAAAGUGCUCUUGAUGCCGCAGGCAAGAGUCCCGGCAGUAUUGUCUAUGUCCCCGCUGGGGUAUAUAAAGCUGGGAAUCUGAAGGUGCGUUCGCAAACCUCACUCUACCUUGCCGGCGGCUCUGUGAUACGUAACACUGGUAUUAAAAGCGACUAUACUAUACACUACAACAAGACUGGGCUCUUACCCGGUACUUGGUGGAUUUCGACAGAGUUUAACAGUAAAGAUAUCAAAAUCUAUGGCCGUGGUACUAUCGAUGGCCAAGGAGGUAUUGGCCGUGUUGACAACGAUUUCAUCGCAGACAUGGUUGUCCCUGUGGAUACAGCACAUUUCAUUUUCGACGGCCCAUUGAUCCGAGAUUCCUCAUUUUGGGCUCUGACGCCUAUUCAAAGUACCGAUGUUGCCUUGAAGAACGUCAAGAUCUUGAACAGAUUCGAUAUCGGCUAUGAGGACGAUGGGAUCGACGUUAUGGAAUCUACGAACGUACGGACUUAUAGAGCGAUUGCUAUAUCGAAGGAUGAUUGCUUCUCCACUAAAACAUGGCCAAAAGAUAUAGGCACCACCGUGCCUUAUCCCCAUGACCCAAUGCCGCUGGACAACGUGAUUUUCGACGAUUGCGUUGCGUGGACCCAAUGUUAUGGAUACAAGAUCGGCCAAGGCGUAUACGAGGACCAGUCUAACGUCGUAUUCAAGAACAGCGUAGUAUACAAGGGCGCGGUUGGGAUUGGUAUCGAUCACAAAUUCGGGUCUGCGAAAGUCAGCGACGUGACGUUCUACAAUAUCGAGAUUGAGCACAUCAGCGGCCUGGCUGGUGACAAGUGCAGUUGGCUGGAUCUCUACAUUCAACAACCUGGAACAGCGGGCGCUGGACCUAUCGAGGGUGUGAAAAUCAACGAUAUUAAGGUUAACUCUAAGGGAACUCAGGGGGCGUACAUUCAGGGGUAUAAUUCUGCGAAUACGAUCAGCGAUGUCACACUUCAAAAUAUUUACAUGCUGAGACAGACGACUCCGGCAAAAACGUUCGCGGAAAUGGAUAUUACACAUAUGGACUUUAGCAGUAAUGUAAAGAUUGUUACUUAG